CGCGGGAUGGACCAGAGCCCUGACGCGGCGCCAGACGAACCGUUACGGUCUAGGGGGGGAGGGGAGGGGGUGGUGGUGCACAGCCUCGAAGAAAUGGGAGAGAGGCCCAAGAUGCUCACGCCCUUCCUUUCCUUGGCCUUCAGACCACAGACCACAGACCUUGAUACUCUGAGGAGGUAUGUAUGCAAGCACGGGUCAUCGCCAUCCACGGCUGUGCGACUGUCUCUCGCUGCUCCUUUUGACCCGUGGGGGGCCUCCUCGGUUGGCACCCCUGAUCGGCACAACCCUGAGCUUUUGGGAUGAUGGGAACAUUUGUUCAAUCGCAACACGCAGAUGGAGAAGAGGGAUCGUCCGUUGGCGGCGGUCAUGCCCAUAUAGGAAACCAUAUCCUAUCUUGAUCGUUCCGGCGAUCUAUCAAGCGCCCCCCUCCCCCCCCCCCCCCCCAGAGGUAGUAGAUGUCAUGCAGCAAAGGGCAGCAGUAGCAUCAACAACAACAACAACAACCACAGGCACGAAGAGAAGACCAGAUCACAAUAGACUCGGAUCAAGUGUGCUGUGUCCCACCUCCAUCCCACACCUAAGCUCGCUUGAGGCCAAGGCUCUCGGUAAAAACCCCAGGCUCGGUUCUGAUUGGAGACCAAAAGGGGCCGUGUAGGAUACCUCGACAACAGAGAGAUGCUCGCCUC